AUGCCUUCAAUAGCCUCGUCCUCCUCUCAAACGAACCUCUCUCCCCCCAAAAAACAAAACCCUAGCAGUAGCCUCCACCGCCGCGGCAAGGAGGGAGACACCGUCCGUCGCGCCGUCGUCGUUCUUAAGCUCUCCAACCUCUGUUCACUCCAACUCCUCUCAACUCUCACUCUCUCAAACGAAGCUCUCUUCUCCCAAAAAGAAACCCUAGCUUACAGUAGCUUCUGCCGCUGUCCGUCGCUUUCAGGAGCUUCCGUCUGUCUACCUCUGCAGAGCCGUCUGCUGCCAUCCGUUGUCAUGCUUGUCGCCUCGUCGCCGUUGUCCGUCGUGCUCAACCACUUUUCCUCAUACUCUGCCCAGACUGCUCAGAUCAAAGAAGGUAUAGGAUGCAUCCAGAGAUAUGCAAAUCCUCUUCAGUCUUCUACAAAAUUUUUCAAGCUUAACCACUGAAAACAAAACAUUGCCACUGAUUCAUUCAAUCGUCAACUUUGUUCUUUUUUCUCAUUUCUGAAUUCUACAAUGCAAAGG